AUGACCGUGUUCAUUCAAGAGUUCACUGCUGGACCAAAUGCGACUGUUGCAGCGGUUGCAGGAAUACCCGACAGGCCAGGAAAUGCCUUUCAAUCUGGAACUGUUUUUGUUGCUGAUGCUACCAUAAUAGAAGGCAUUAGUAUCAAUUCCCCACAAAUUGGCCCCAGCCAAGGGAUUUAUGCAACCUCAUCCCUCGAUGGAGCUAACUCGCACGGAUUGUUUUCCUUUAGCUUUACAAACAAAAGGUAUAAUGGGAGCACAUUGGAAUUCCAAGGACGUAGCAUACAACGUGCCCGGAUUGAGUUGGGUUGUAUUGGUAGAUUGGCUUUGUUGGCUUACGUGGAAGCUGGUGAAGUUGCAUGUCUCUCUUAA